AUGGAGGGCAAUUUUUGUGGGCAAAGGGGUUUAGCAAGAAUCCGGAAGAAGAACCCAGAACUACAGACAAUACAGCUGCUGCUCUUAUGUCUGGGGCUGACCCUAGUCUGGGCCAACAAAGGAAAAAACUUUGAUCUGUCAAAGAUUAAAGGGAAGUGGUAUCCCAUUCUCUUGGCCUGUGACCAAAGGAAGAAAAUAGAAGAAAAUGGCAGCAUGAGAGUUUUUGUGGAAUAUAUUGAUGUCUUGGCGAACUCUUCCUUACAGUUUACAUUACAUACCUUUCUUUAUGGCGAGUGCACUGACAUUUUUUUAGUUUGUGAGAAAACAGACAAGGAUGGUAUAUAUGCUGUUCAGUCCAAUACCCAAGACAGUGUGGUUACUGUCACUCCUUCCACAGGCCGAGAACCAGAUGUGAGUUCAGAAAUCAAGGAAAAGGUUGUGAAAUUUUGUGAAGAACAUGGAAUUGUUAAGGAAAACAUACUGGACCUGACCAAAGUUGAUCGCUGUCUUCAGGCCAGAGAUGGACAAGAGGCCUAA